GCCCGCGCGGCGGCCAUUUUGUCUUAUCGGCUCCUCUUUAGAGGAGGCUUUUCGGCCUGCGAGCAGGCCGGAAAGGAUUGGCGACUGUGUCGCCGGCGUUCUCUUUAGCGGGUGCCAGGGCUGGUGGGAGAGCCGCCCGAGAAAAGCACCAUGAUUUCGGCCGCGCAGUUGUUGGAUGAGUUAAUGGGCCGGGACCGAAACCUCGCCCCGGACGAGAAGCGCAGCAACGUGCGGUGGGACCACGAGAGCGUUUGUAAAUAUUAUCUCUGUGGUUUUUGUCCAGCGGAACUGUUCACAAACACUCGUUCCGAUCUUGGUCCAUGUGAGAAAAUUCAUGAUGAAAAUCUUCGAAAACAGUAUGAGAAGAGUUCUCGUUUUAUGAAAGUUGGCUAUGAGAGAGAUUUUUUGCGAUACCUACAGAGCUUACUUGCAGAAGUAGAACGUAGAAUUAGACGAGGCCAUGCUCGUUUGGCAUUGUCUCAAAACCAGCAGUCCUCUGGGGCAGCUGGUCCAACAGGCAAAAACGAAGAAAAAAUUCAGGUUCUAACAGAUAAGAUUGAUGUGCUCCUGCAGCAGAUUGAAGAAUUAGGAUCUGAAGGAAAAGUAGAAGAAGCCCAGGGAAUGAUGAAAUUAGUUGAACAGUUAAAAGAAGAGAGGGAAUUGCUUAGAUCCACAACCUCGACAAUUGAAAGUUUUGCUGCCCAAGAAAAACAAAUGGAAGUUUGUGAAGUGUGUGGAGCCUUUUUGAUAGUAGGAGAUGCCCAGUCCCGGGUGGAUGACCAUUUGAUGGGAAAGCAGCACAUGGGCUAUGCCAAAAUUAAAGCUACUGUAGAAGAAUUAAAAGAAAAGUUAAGAAAAAGAACUGAAGAACCUGAUCGUGAUGAGCGUUUAAAAAAGGAGAAGCAAGAACGGGAAGAAAGAGAAAAAGAACGGGAGAGAGAGAGAGAGGAAAGAGAAAGGAAGAGACGGAGAGAAGAGGAAGAAAGAGAGAAAGAAAGGGCUAGAGACAGAGAAAGAAGAAAACGAAGUCGUUCAAGAAGUCGGCAUUCGAGCCGAACUUCAGACCGAAGAUGCAGCAGGUCUCGGGACCACAAAAGAUCACGAAGUAGAGAAAGAAGGCGAAGCAGAAGUAGAGAUCGACGAAGAAGCAGAAGCCAUGAUCGGUCAGAAAGAAAACAUAGAUCUCGUAGUCGGGAUCGGAGAAGAUCAAAGAGCCGGGAUCGAAAGUCCUAUAAGCACAGGAGCAAAAGUCGGGACAGAGAACAAGAUAGAAAAUCCAAGGAGAAAGAAAAGAGGGGAUCUGAUGAUAAAAAAAGUAGUGUGAAGUCCAGUAGUCGAGAAAAACAGAGUGAAGACACAAACACUGAAUCAAAGGAAAGUGAUACUAAGAAUGAGGUCAAUGGGACCAGUGAAGACAUUAAAUCUGAAGUGCAGCGUAAGUAUGCACAGACGAAGACGGAGCUAAGCCGAGUAAGAAGACUUACAAAAGCAUCUUCUGAAGGAAAAGACAGUGUAGUCCUGCAAAACAUUUUGAGGUACAUUGUUUUGUCUCAGCUAUUUUGUAGCAGACUCGUGCCCCCAUUAGUGUGCCUCUUUGGAAAUUAUUGCCCACGUUUGUAAUGUAGUCGCCAUUGAAAAGUUAAUUAUCCUUUUUUUGUAGGGAUUUUGCUGUCAUUUCUUUUUUUUUUUCUUUUUUUUAAUAAAAAGGUUGAACUGUUUUUUUUUCUUUUUGGUAUUAAGUCCAUCUUGUGUUGGUACAUUGGCAGAGACUAUGCUUUAACAACUUAAAUAUUUCUGAGGCACAUGUUGGACUACUUUGUUUUAAUUAAACUGCUAGUAUUUCUUUGUCAAGGAUGUUUCUAGUUUUUUGCUUUAUUGCCUUGCAUUCUAAUGCAGUUUGUUCUGUAACUCGAGAGCCAGUAGCAUUGGAUUGAUGGAAGUGUAGGGUUUAUGAAUUAUUGCAGCUGACUACCAUACCUCACACAGCGUUGGUGUUGUGAGCGGCCCAUGAAAAGCCAAAUUAAAAAUCAAGGAUUCAGUCAAACUAAGCAGGUACUCAUGCCAGGUACUCCUUUCUCUACCCACAUCCAUGUUUGAAUGCUAUUGCCUGUGAUCUUUACGCUUAACUGUUGUGUAUCUUUUUUGUUCUUUACAAGAAGCACAGAGGGGUUUUUUGUGUAUUGCGUGAAAACUUAUAAAUCACAUGUUAACAGAAUGGAAUUUUUUUUCAACUGUAUGUAGGGAUGCAGUGGUGCCCAGAAUUAGAUAUCUUUAAAGAAUUUUAAAUACAAUAAACACUUCACUUUAUUCGCCUUGUUACAUUCAAUGCAAUUCUCAAGUCUUUAAGAGGUAUGUGUUUAAUAUUUCCUACGGCGUAGGAGAACUUGCAGGCAGCCAUAGGUCCAUAGGAAUAGUCACUGGCUGAGACAUUUCCAGCAGCAGUGGAUAGCAGAGACAGACACCUUCCAUCUGUGAACUACGAAGAGUUGAUGAAUCGUGUAGAAUGAAUUUGGGUUUUUAAAGAACUAUUAAAAGUUAGGUUUUAUGAGUUCUUAAAACCUAUAAACUGUUCAUCUUUGGGCUAGUGGCUUGGGAUAAAAGAUUUCUACUGGAAGGGAGUACCAAGUAGUUGGUUUGUCAAUGGCUUUCUUCUUCUAGGACAGCAGUGUAGUGUUACGUGUGUGAGCCAUUCACGCGUAUGCCCGCACACGCAGGCACAAGGCUUUCAGACCACACUGAUGCCUUGAUAACUUACAGAGAAUACAGGCGUUUCAUAUCCAUAUGUUAAGUAGCAGUUAGUGACUGGGCCAACACUUAGUCAUAAAAAUUUGCCUUUUACAUGUUGUCUAAUUAUCCCUUUUCCCCAACUUUUGCAUUGUAGGACUACUCUUCGAAGAUUCCUGGAAGAAACCUGAAAACGGCUUAACAUGAAGAUCACCAUUAAAAUGAGGUGAAAGAAAACUAUAGUGGCAUAGAAAAGUAGAAAGCUCAGUUAGUUGUUCUGUUUUUUUUUUUUUUAUUAAAAAUUAAUUCAGGACUGACGUGACCUACCAGAUUUCAGAACAUGUGUUAAUAGCGUAUAUAUGCCACUGAAAACUUAGGUCCUGUAUCAUAUUGUUUUCUUUAAGACUUUUUAAGAAAUAUUACCUAAACAUGUGGCUUGCUCAGUGUUUAAUUGCAAGUUUUCAUUCUUGGACUUUGAAAACAGGAUUAAACGUUAGUAUUUGUGUGAAUCAGACUAAGUGGGAUUCCAUUUUUACAACUCUGCUAUAUCUAGCCUUUGGAUUUAGAAGUGAAAAUAAAGUAUCUCUGACUUUCUGUUACAAAUUUGAUUGUCUCUGUCAUUGAAAAGUUUUAGUAUUAAUCUUUUCUAAUAAAGCUAUUGACUCUGAACUAGUCCCCUGUUUUAAAUAUGAGGUGCACUGUUACUAGAAGUGUUGGUGUACAGUUUUAUCUGAUUGUUCUGUUAAAGACUAAUUUUUAUAGAAUUUCUGCAGUUUAAAUGUUUUGAAUAAUGGUGCUUCAAUUUUGGGUGGUUAUGAAUAAAUUUGAAUUUUGCUUUUAAUAGCAAAGAUGUACAGUGAACUAGAAUAUAUUUUUACAUCCCUGAGAGAUUCCUUUAGUAGUAGAAAACUCAAAAUAGCUUUCUGAUGAACAGUAUCCUCUUCUAGUUACGAAAUAAUGAUGUAGAAGAGCAUUCAAGAACUUCUAACUAGCUUUUUGGUCUUUGUUUUAAAUCCUGUGUCCAGAUUUCUUUUAACCUGGUCUUGUCAGAUUGCAGAUGUAUUCAUUUCUGUGUAUGGGGUGUGUAGUACACAUAAUAAGAAUUUAUUUUUUAAAAACUGAGGCUUAAGCAGGUGGUUCUCCCCAACCCCAGCUAAUUUGGCAGCAUGUUUCUAUAGCCAGCUUUGUCAUCUGUGUAAAAGUAUUAUCCAGCUACAUAUGUCAUAGCAAUUUUUUGUGAUUUAUAAUUUUUGAAUAUUGCUGUCAGUUUAUAAGGUAGAGAAACCGGGUAACUGGGUUAAAUAACUUACUAAGCAAGGUCAUAUGGCUCCAUGUUGGCAGAGAACUAGCAUGUGGUACCUAGGUCUCUCUCUGCCUUUUGGUCCAGUGCCUUGCUCUUCUGCCACUGUAUCUAUCCACUCUAAUAGGCAUAGUGAACUGUCACAGGUUUCCUAAAAUACCCUCCACCAAGCUGUGGGAAGUGAUGAAGCUGCCACCUCAGAGGUGCUUGGUGUGAGAUCAUGCCAGGGGCUCGGAGCACCCAGGCGAAAGGGCUGGUCAUCUCUGACUUUGUCAGGAUUAAGAUAAGAUGUGGAGCAAUCUAAUACAAAGGCAGCCCCUCCCAAGCACUCACUGGUGGUGGAGUUUGACAGGGUUGUGGCUGUGAGCAGGACUUUUGAGUGCUAGUUCAUCAUAUUCUUUGCUCCGUAUCUGGAAAAACCAUCCAGAAAAACCGAAAACAGACAAUUUACUGAAGUAUUAAGGUACUAAAUUAUUAAGGGAUUAAAAUGACAAGUUUGUUCUUGCCUCUUCUAGAAUCCAUAGCUAAAUUACUUCAAUGAGGUACAGUAAAGGAGUUCAUGAAAAGUCAUCAUCUUCAUGCUUCUGUGGGCAUUUUGAUAUAUUGAUCACGAUGGGAGUUAAUGUAGGAUUUGAGAGAGAGGCAUGUCCCUUUAGGGUCUCCAUGACUAAGGUCUGGUUUUAGUUGGAGAUCUGGAAGUUGGGUCGCCCUCAACACCCAGAAUUCAGGCUCAAGAGGAAAUUAUUCCUACUUAUAUUCAUAAGAAUCAAAUAUAGAGGCUAUGUGCUAAUUGAAUUCACUAUAAGAAAUACACAUUUCUGCCUUUAGGGGCAAACAGUUGUCAGUGUGUAUUUUCUCUGUGAAGAGCCUUUAAGGGGAGCCAGAUUUUAUUACUCAGAAGAUUACUUGAUAAGAUUGGAAUUGAAUCAGAGCAAUCAGGUUUUUUUAACUUUUUAUUUUGGAAAAUUUAAGACCUCCAUAAAAGUAGAACAGUAUAAUCAGCCUCUAACAAAACUCCCUACUAGUAAGACUCAAUGGCUAGUCUUCAUUUCAUAUCUAUGUGCAUGUGUAUAUGUGUCCCCUGCUGCCUCUUAUUUUCAAGCGAGUCUCAGACACACCAUUUGAUCUGUAAAUAUUUCAGCAUGUAUUUCUAAAACUUAAGAAAUCAAACAGGUUCAUUAACGAAAAUAAAUUGGAUGAACUUUUAAUUGGCCAGAGUCGUCAACUGUAGUACUGGUCUGGUAGUUUACUUUCCAUUCUGGCAGCUUCUUUGCUUCAAUGUAGAAAGACUAUGCGUCACCCUCCCUUUUUGUUAAGACAUGUUUUCUUCAGAUAGAUGACAGCAUAUUUACAGUUGACCCUGGGACAAUGCGGGAGGUUAGGCAUGCCGGCCACUACCGCCCCCACCUCCUGUGCGGUCAAAUCCACAUACAUACUUGACUCCCCUCAGAACUGCUAAUAGCCUGAUGUUGACCAGAAGCCUUACCUAUAACAGUUGGUGAGCACACAUUUAGUAUGCAUAUUAAAUAUUGUAUGCUUGCAAUAAAGCUUAAGGAAAAGUUGAGAAAAUCAUAAGGAAAAUAACAUAGUACUGUGCUGUAAAAAAAAAAAAAAAGCCCUGUAUAAGUGGACCCAUGCAGUUCAAAUUCUUGUUGUUCAAGGGUCAGCUGUAUUUUUCAUUUUGGAUUAAAACCCAUUGCCUUCCUGAGGUUGUAAUAAACUAGUCCUAUUUCGGCUUAAAUAUUUAUCUCCUCUCCUUAUGCCAUCACACUUGCAGGCAGUCUGUCUCUUGGCUUCAAUAUCUAGUUAGUGUCACAGAGGAGACUCCUCCAUGCAGGUUGUCAGCCACCUCCUGAUUAAAGUUUCCAGACAUGUUACAGUGGAACAAUUUAGGGUGGGAGUUUGAGUGUCCAUACCAUGCUUCUAAAAAUGCAUUUUAGGUGGGCUAUGUGAAUAUUUUUAAACAUUAGUUUAAAGUGCAUGAAACAAAAGAAAAAUACUGGAGAAUUGUGUGUAUUUUCUGUAGGAUGGAACUUUGUUCAGGGCUGAUUUUCAAGUUUCAGUUCAGACUGAUUAUUUCAGUUGUUUAUGAAAGAACCCCAGGUGACUACUUUUUAAGAAUUCUGUAUUACAAUUGUAAUGCCUGUACAUGGUUCAGAAAACAACAGUAGAAGUGUUAAGUGAUCUCUCUCCUUCUCCUGUCCUUCUGGUCUUCCUUUUCAGGAGCUACUGUUAACAGUUACUCUUGCUGGAGGGAGGUGGGGAUAUAAGCAUAUGUGUAUAGAGCUCUUUUAUAUAUGAUAGUACAUCGUAUGUUUUGAAUCUUGCUGUUUUCACUCGUAUAUUUAGAAACAUUUGAGAUCUAGGAGACCACACUUAAGUUUUAAACAUGUAGUUUUUCAAAGUACAUUUCAAAUAAACCAAAGCAGAGAUGUAAAUGUGCUUUUCAUUGUUGUAUCAGAUUUUUUAAUUUCCUAUUUUAAAAAUACAGUUUGAGAGUCCUUUAUUUCUUCCCCUCAGCCACCCCAAGUAACUCGGUUGUCGACAGAUUCAAGAAUGUUGAGGAAUAACAGCUUUGGGAAAUAGUCUGGCAUAAGGGUCCGUGCCCUAACUUCUCUUGUGGCUAUUCCACUCCUAGAUACAUAACCUAGAGAAACUCUUACACGUGUGUGUCAGGACACGGCUGUGAAAAUGUCAUAACAGCAUUGUUUGUAACAGGAAGAAAAGGAAAACCAAAACAAACUGGGAGGACCACUGGAUAAGUACCGUGGCCUGUUCUUACCAAUUCUGUGGGACUGCACACAAGUCCAGCCGAAUGACAGCUGCAUGUGUGAACACAGACGAGUCCCAGUGGUCGGAAAAACAAGUUACAGAAGAAUACAUGCACCACGGUUCCAUUUCUGUGAAGGUUAAAACCGAGCGGUUAAGUAAAAUCUAUGGUAGAUGAAAGAAAAGCAUGGAAAUGAUUAACAUGAAAUUCACCGUUAACCUGUUGGGACCGAGGGAGAGGAGUCCGCGGAGGAACUGCUGACAGCACUCUGUUGCUAGAGCUGGGUGGGUGGUUUCUUUUUAACCUGUAUGUUUAUGUGCUUUUGUAUGUAUGGUAUUUCUUAAUAAAAUUUAAAUUUAAAGGAA